ACAGAUGUGCAUCCGGGUGACUGUGUGGUCGGCCAAAACCGUUCAGCGAAUCGCGAAGGCUCAUAGUCGUAGAAUAUUUUUUAAAAUCAUCUAUUUGAAUUAGUAAAACUGCUGUUUGUUUAUUUAAACUAAUUGAUAAAAUGGUGAAGACCAAACCUGCACAACGCAAGCCAGUCAAAUGUGUCUAUGUUAACAAUUUUGGGAAUCAUUCGUCUGGAUCUAUCAUUCAGUUUGAAGCUGGGAAAAGGCCUAGUAAUACAAAAUCUACCAGAAAGGUUGAUAAAGGUUUGGGGUUUCCUUCCCGCGUUAGCACUGAAAUUAGAGUUAAUAAGCAGGACUGCAGCAGACAGUACGAGAGUAUGCCGGGUAAGAAAAACAACAAAACAUUACAAGUAAAGAUAGGAAAGAAGAUAAAACAAACAACAAAGGAGUCCAUCACAAAACAGAAGGGCAUGCCCAUUUCUCCCAAACAUAAAACAGCGCGAAAAUCACAACGAGACGGCCCAGAACACAACGGAGCAAAACGAUGUAAAACUAGCAUAAGCACAAAAGAAAACAUCGACCAGACGCCAAAUAAUAACAUAACCAUCGGGCAAAGACGAAUGAUGACACAAAAAAACCAAGACAAUGAAAGAAAGCAGAAUGGAGAAGGAAGGUCAGAUAGUGAUGGCCACAGCGAGAUGGAUCGAGGUGUUUUUACAUUUUCCUUCCCUGGAGCGGUCACGCCAAUAAACAAGUCUGCAGUGAAACAGGGAGUUCUCAAAGUAAUUUCCAAAAUGGUUAAAGAAAAUGAAAUGCUUAGAAGAAGGUUUAUGACAAACAGCCAACAAAGCCAAACAGGAUGAAUCUCUGUUUGGAUGGGUGUAAACCGAAACAGGAGAGCUGAUCUAUAUCUUUAUCUAUCUAUCUGUCUAUCUAUAUCUAUC